CAGCUCGGCUGACGGAAUUGACGCCCGGACCACCGAAUUUGCAGAAAAAAAGUUCGCGUUCCGAGUUUCUGGAAGCUUCAGAGCCCCAUCGGCCUCAUCAGGAAGAGCUACCCCCCAGUCUAUAAUUCUCGCUACGUUUUGAGCGCUCUUCCUCCCACCUUGACCACCAACUCAUCCGUCCUGCUCUCGUUCUCCCACCCCCAAACCUCCGUCUUGAGUUUGUGUAUCUUGGACAGUCGACUCUUUACCACAAUGGCCACCUCUCUCCGCUCCGUCAGGUCCCUAGUGCCGCUCCUGGACCGCGUGCUCGUCCAGCGUGUCAAGGCCGAGGCCAAGACGGCCAGCGGCAUCUUCCUGCCCGAGUCCAGCGUCGAGAAGCUCAACGAGGCCAAGGUCCUCGCCGUCGGCCCCGGCGGCCUGGAUAAGGACGGCAAGCGUACCCCUAUGGGCGUCGCUGCCGGCGACCGCGUCCUCAUCCCCCAAUACGGCGGCUCUCCCGUCAAGGUCGGCGAGGAGGAGUUCCAUCUCUUCAGAGACAGCGAGAUCCUGGCCAAGAUCAACGAGUAAAGCACAGGCAAACCGGCCGGCGCAUAUAUCAAGAUACCCAUGAAACCAUGAACGACUGUACUAUAUGACUGUACUAAGGACAAAACUCGAUAAAUCGACUUCUCCCGAACCAAAGGACGGACAUCAAAGCGCCCUGAACGGAAUUCCUUUGUCGAGCGGGAAACGGCAUCUCUCGCGCUGCUAAUGUGCUUCGCAAACUAGUAAGGGUACAUAUCCCUUGAAACGUAGAAUCGAGGCAUCUGAGCUGUGA